CUGUCACCUUAUGCUGCACAUUACUCCACCCAUAGCUGUAUAAGUAACGGCGCCGCAGCGACACCUGAUGGAGGAGCCGAGAACUGUCACCUUGUGCUGCACAUUACUCCACCCAUAGCUGUCAACAGUCUCCAGGAAGCUUGUGAUCCCGGGCAGCCUCCACCAGAGGACACAAUGUCUGACGCUGCAGAACCCCAGGAGCUGACAACCCCCAAAACCAGCGACUACUACCGGGUGCAGCCCGACCUACCUGCCAGGUUCAAUCAGCCGGAGACGUGGAGGGCAGGAUACAGAUCAAAACCGGGGAAUCCGCUGUACAGAACGACAAACCAGACGUAUGGGAGUAAACCGCCGACCGUCCACGAGAUGCCGACCACAUUUAACGGAGUAUCAGACAAGUUUUCAGAAGCCGCAACCAAGUGCGGAAUGUACCGGAAUAAUGGACUGAACACGCACGUAGAGAAGAGCUUCGUGUCCGGCCCCGACAACCUCAUCACCGCCCACGACCGCCUCAACUUCCACCGGAGCUACAACAUGAGGGGCCCGUCCCAGAGCGUGUGAUCAGCGGCUACAGGAGCCUGCACCAGUGUAAACUGACAACUGACUGCUCCUAACAUCCCUACCCAUGCUGGACAACUACUCCUAACAUCCCUACCCAUGCUGGACAACUACUCCUAACAUCCCUACCCAUGCUGG